CCCCGUGCCCGGCAAACCGGGCGACUGACACCCGACUCCUUCCCCGCGGCCCCAGUUACCUGAGUUAGCUCCGUCCCGGGCACUUUGGCAGCGCCUCCGCCCUUUCCCGCUGUGGCAGCCCUUGUGCAGCGCAGGAGUGAGCCGCCAGCAGCCGGAGGGACUGCAGCCGCCGCCGGGGAAGACGAGCUCAAGCCCCCGCCUCCGGAGCUCUUCAUGGCGUCUCACCAGCAGACGAGGAUCCAAGCCUACCUGGAGAAGAAUAAGAUCGGUCCCCUCUUCGAGGAGUUGAUGACCAAGCUGAUAACGGAGACACCUGACCAACCAAUCCCAUUUCUAAUUGAUCAUCUUCAGUCCAAGCAGGGAAACCGCGGUCAGCUUCAGAGAACAUUGUCUGGCUCUGCUGCCCUUUGGGCAGAGAGUGAAACAUCAGAAAAUAAAGGAACAAGAAGAGAUUUUAGAAAUUAUGAUAAGCCUUGGCAGGUAAAUGCAAAAAAGCCUAAAAAGUCAAAGAGCGACCUUGCUGUGUCCAACAUUUCUCCACCAUCACCGGAGUCCAAGUCAUUGCCAAGGUCAAUAGAGCAUCCUAAAUGGGAUUGGAAGACAAAACCGGAGAACCAUGAUUUUGAUGAACUAAAUCAUAUUCUUCAAGAGAGCAAAAAGCUUGGAAAAGCCCUUGAGAAUCUGUCUCGCAGCAUUGCUAUUUCUGAUGAACUUGAUAAGGACACAGCAGGUUUUAAUACUCCCCUUCUCAGACCUCGUGUUAUUGGAGAAUGGAUUGGCCGUGAAGAGAAUGACGCAGACCCUCUGGCUGCUGAGAUGCUGCAGCCACCAAUACCAAGAAAUAAAAAUGAGCAGUGGGACAGUGAGGAUAGCAGCAGUCCCGGAGGAAGCUUAAAAAUGGAGCCAAAGACCAAAGGAUUAAAACAUCAACAGCAGCAACAUAAGAAACUGCUGGCUGCCAUGCUUUCUCAGGACUCCUUUGAUUCUGCUCAAAGCACAGCUCCAUCUGUAACCGAAGAAGACAUUGACAAUGAAGAUGAUGCAAUGGAACUACUGGAGGAUCUUGAUGAUCUCAGAAUGGAAGGAGUAACAAGUGUGGUGUCUUCUGGGAGCAAAUUCAAUCAAACUCGAAGUGCUCAUACGGCUGAGCCUCAAGCAAAGGUCACAUUGAAUAUAUGUGCAAGAUGUGCCAGAUUGCAAGGGGAUAAUUUGGCAGAAAGGCCAGAAGAUGUCUCCAUGAUAUCUCAGACAUCUGAGCCAGCAGUGUCAGACUCUGAUGCUCAAGUACCUGGGGUUGAAACACUCACAGAAGAUAUUAAUGAGUUUCAGAGCGCUUCUCAAGUGGCAGCAUCUUCUCAGACAGUUUGGACCUUGGAUGCCAUGACUGUUAGACCUGGAGGUUCCCCAAGACAGAAACUCCUAAAGGACUCCUUAGCAGCAAAAGAACUUCAGACCAUGGAAAAACACCUAGCUGACAUUGAGAAGGACCUCGCACUGUGGGAAGAAGCAAGGCUCUCAAGAAGCCCUGGUGUCCAGCAUCCCAGUGUAGUUACAUCUGACCAUCAAGGCAAUCUUCAAGCUGCACAGGGCCCAACCCCAAGGCCUCAGGUGCCAACUCCAACAGGGAAGAACAUUCAGCUCCAAGGAAGCAAAUCACCACCGCUGCCCACUAGCAGCAGAACACAGGUCUCCAGUGUCACAAACAGCAGUGCACAAACCAAGAGGCCAUCAGCUCCAGGGAGCAGACCUAUGACCCCAAAUAGCUUGUUGUCACGGCCUCUUACCCCUAGCAACCAAGGAAAUAGGGAAGGCAUUAUUAGCAUGCAAAGAAGCAGAUCUUUGUCAUCUAAGAGCCAAAUGGGGAGGACCCUCAGUGCUGCUUCAGGGCUUUCUGUGCAAGUGAGUGGAGAUGUUGUUGGAACUGUCACUACUCAGAGAAACAGUUUAUCAGAAGAUGAAUUCUUACAACAGCUUCAACUUGCUCAUCAACCUUGGAUAUUGCCAAGUGACACAGAAAGUGAAGCAGUGGAAGCUGACCAAGACAAAUGUGAUGUACUUGAAAAAGAACAGAUUAUUUAA